UUGCGUUGCUUAGUUACUACAUACCUAUGACACCAAUAAAUGAUAUUUUUCUUUUUUUUGUGUUCGAGUAUUGAGUAAAUAUAAAGAAUUUCUUCUACGGCAAACACUUGAGUAUACGACGAAGUUUUCCAAAAACUAAAAGAAGUUCUGAAAGAGACUGCAGAAAAAGUUACAGAAAGAUGCGGUAUAUCUUCCUCCUAAGUAUUUUAACUCUCUUCAUAGCUGGACACUCAUCGUUUCGUCUGGCUAUACGUCUUUGCUUCAAAGAUACAGGAACAGCAACAGAUCAAAGUAACUGCGCCUACUGCAAUCCAAAGACUCUGUUACAGACGCUGCGAAAUUGCACAAACACUGAAGAUGGAUUGCCGACAAAAUCACCUAAUGAUAUAGGACCAGGAUCAAUUUGGUCUGAAAUUGAUAUGAAGUGUGUAUUAGACAAAUGCAAAGCAGAAUAUCCUGAACAGCGAGUUCUUCCUACUUUGUUUCCCAUUCUCUAUCAAAACAAGAAUAAAUAAAAAGAAAAUUUGUGAAGAAAAUUAUAUUUGUGUUCUGAAUGUUAAAAAAUAAUAAGAAUAAGGUCAAGAAAUUGUUAUGAAAAUAAAUAACAACUCUUUUUAGUAUAAAUUAUU